AUGAGAAAAUUACUUUCAGUUAUUUUAAUAAUUUUUUUUGUAACUCAAAACUAUUUUGCUAAUGAGACUCAUGAAAUCACUCAUAGGGCAUAUUUUGAUAUAUCUGUAGAUAACAAACCUAUAGGAAGAAUAAUUUUUGGGUUAUAUGGAAAAAUAGCUCCAAAAACAGUAGAAAAUUUUAUAAGUAUAUGCAAAGGUACAGUUGUGAAUGGUAAAAUGUUGAAUUAUACGAACUCUAUAUUUCAUCGAAUUAUACCAAAUUUUAUGGCACAAGGUGGAGAUAUAACAAAUUUUAAUGGAACAGGUGGUUUAAGCAUAUACGGAAAUAAAUUUGAUGACGAAAAUUUUAUAGCAAAGCAUAACAAAAGAGGAAUUUUAUCAAUGGCUAAUGCAGGCAAAAAUACAAACGGAAGUCAGUUCUUUAUUAUAUUUGUUCGCACACCAUGGCUAGACGGUAAACAUGUUGUUUUUGGUGAAGUAAUUGAAGGUCUUGAUAAAUUAAUUCAUAUUGAAGCUGUUGGAUCAGAUUCAGGAGAACCAUCAAAAAGAGUCUUAGUAACAGAAUCAGGAUUAUUAUAG